GCGAUAACAACAAGAAGGUUCAGAACACAGCUGAGGUUGGGAAGAUAGGCCACGACACCGAAUCUUCCGGACUCAGACUCAAUAAUGCGCGAUUUUUUCAGCUAAAACGAACUUUUUGCUUUGUUAAUCUCAAUGCUGCUGACUUUUCACUUGGACGACAUCAAGAUAAGAGUGACGUUGCCGUAGCCUGCCAUCACAGCUAACAUAUCACUUUGUCAGUCGUCUAGUACCUGCACUUUGGCUCCUGGACGUUUUUGAAAUAUCGAACAGAAACGGCUAAUUGCCUAGAAACCCUUAAGAUAUUUUGAAGAAAAUGAACCACAGCUACGGAACCAAAGCAGAAAUGGGCCCCGAGGUAACCGCCGCGUCGAACUUUGUUUCCAGACUGCUGAGAACAAGGGGCUAUCUCAGCGAGCAACAGCUUUCGGUUUUCAGGGAUUGUCUCACGCAAGCUUUGUCAGAACACUACCAGCAGCACUGGUUCCCCGACAGACCACAGAAGGGAUCUGGUUAUCGAUGCAUCCGCAUUAACCACGAAAUGGACCCCAUAAUUUCUAAAGCUGCAACUAGGAUCGGAGUACCUUGUGAACAGCUGUUCACGCUUCUGCCACGGGAGUUGACCCUCUGGAUUGACCCCUACGAGGUCUCCUAUCGGAUCGGGGAGGAUGGUUCCAUAUGUGUUUUGUAUGAAGCAGAGGCCCCUAAAACCAGCACCGCACCAGCCAACCUCAGUGCUUCCCCAUUUGAUCAGACUUGCAAGAAUCAGUUUCUGAUGGGUGGUCGUAAUAGCCCUCCCAAAAACUACCUGAUUAAUGUGUCCAGCUAAAGUGAGAAACCAUCAUGAGGCUCUGAAAACUGGUGUUGUGAGUUGGUGUGAGCUGUCGACCACCCACAGUAUAUUGAGUAAAUUCCUGGAAUCUGGGCAUCUCAAGAUAUUCUAACCCCUUUUAAUGUAACUUAAUUCUUAUUUAAUUGUGAGUGAACAUUUCAAAAGCACUGCUAUUCUUGGAGGAAUGGUCCCACUUGGCUCAUUGCAUUUAGGGUUAGAAUUUGAAAUAUUGUCAGGCGCUUUUUUGCACUACUGGUACUUUCUGGGUCUAGUGUGCAUUUAUCCUGUGAUACUUGCAUGCCAAAUUAAACUGGGACCUUACUUGUACAAGACAUGAACACUGGGGCUGGCAAUACUUUCUCUUGGUGCAAUGAGCCCCACACCUAAUAUUCAGGAACACAAAAGACAUAGGCUAAUUGGAGUGAAGGUAUUCUCUCAGGCACCCACAGUGAUCUUUGUUUGGCAAUGUAUUUUCUGUUAUUGUUGUGUCAAUCAAAUGGGAACACAAGUUCACCAUUGAGGGGUGGACUGCUUGAGGACCCAAAAAUAAGCGACAGCUGCUUUUCUGUGUACCUCCUGCCUUAACUGUAAUGUGACCAUUUCUAGAACUAUGACCAUCAUUUGCCAAACUCUCAUUCCAAUCCUGUUGUGCAAUAUUUUACAGUGUUCCAAAAAUGGGUUUGUUAAUGUCCUGUUGUUGUUCUGAAUCUUGAUAUUUACUUCAAUUUACUUUGAUUUACAAAAGCUAAAACACCAAGACUGUGGAAGGCGUUUUGUUUCCGUCAUGUUUCCUUUGGAAACAAUCUGAAUGUUUUAAGGAGGAUUGAAUUAUUCUCUCCCCCAAAUAAGUUGCUGUUUUUGUUAAGUGAAUUAAUGCUGUGAGGUGGUUGGUUGGCAACACGCCUGUUUUCACUGCCAGUGUGACGUUCUCAUUCUCUGUAGCAUUCUCCCACCAGGGCUGUUGAGCAGCGCUGUUCUUGUUUACUUUUUUGUAGAUGGAGAUAAAUGUAGUUUGUAAGCUAUUUUAAACACAGUAUGCUUUUAAAAUGUACAUUCUUUUUAAAUGAAUUUGUGCAUAUAUAGAGACCUGUACAGUUUGGGGGGCAGUUUUAUUACAAUAAACCUUUUAUGAAUUUUA